AUGGUUUGGGCGGCUUCUCCCUCCGGAUCGUUCACGACCAAAUCUGCUUGGGACCUGAUUCGCCAGAAACGCAUCCCGACUCUGAUGGAUGACCUGCUUUGGAGCAAUAUUGUGCCACUCAAGAUGUCCUUCCUGGCGUGGAAGGUGGUGCGAAACUUGAUUCCGGUGGAGACGAAUCUGAAGAAAAGAGGAAUGCCAAUGGCGUCAAGAUGUUCAUGUUGCCUCUCACACGAAGAAACCUUAGGUCACCUUUUUGUCACGGGUCCGGUAGCGAUGGAGGUCUGGGACGUCUUCCAAAGGAGGUUUGGUAUUCUGGAGCCUCAACCAUCUUCAGUGUCAGGGGUGGUUUCAUUGUGGUUUGGAUCGAGUCCCGUGAUAUCGCGGGGACACAUUAGGACGAUCGUUCCCAUUCUAAUCUUUUGGUUCAUAUGGAAGUCCAGGAACAGAGCGCGGUUUGAUGGCGUAUGUUUUGAAACUCGCGGGGUAGUUUCCUCGAUUGCUAGUUUCGUGGAACAGCUGGGAAUGGCGAACAAGCUCUCGAAGCGCCUUUUUAGGGGCGAUCAUGAGGAUCCAUGGGCACGGCUGGGGGUCUGCUUGCCACGUCACAUUGAGGUGACUGUGGUCUCCUGGAAACGGCCGCCGCAGUUUUGCGUCAAAUUGAACAUUGAUGGCAGUGUCACCCAAAAUCGGGCUUAUGGGGGUGGGUUGCUCCGAGACUCUGAUGGCCGCCUACUUUUUGCUUUUCACAAGGAAUUUGGAGACACAGAUGUGUUGGGGGCGGAAAGCUUGGCGUUGUUGCAUGGCCUUCGGUUGUGCACAGGGUUGGUAACGGGAUCUUUACUGGUGGAGGUGGAUUCUGAGAGUCUGGUUCACCUAUUGCAGGCAGGGGGUGUGUCGAAGUGGCCGUUGUGCAACACAUUAAGGAACAUAAGUGGUCUCCUUGUUUCAUUGUCGGCGUCUAUUUCGCAUGUGGUAAGAGAGGCAAACACUGCGGCAGACAAUCUAGCGGGCCUACGCCUUGCGUCGGAGCUUUAUUGCACUUCACAUACUCAACUUCCGGGACAGAUAAGGGCAUCGAUAGGCUUAGAUAGUAGAGAAUUCCCAUUUCCACGUUGCCGGAGUGUAAGGGGCUAG